AUGUGUAUGGUGGGUGAGGUUUUGAGUGCAGUUCACCUGUUUGAUAAAAUGACUGAGAAUGGUGUUAAAGGAAAUGUGUACACAUAUGGAAUUCUCAUCAAUGGGCUUUGUAAAAUUCACGAGACGGGUCUUGCUGUCGAGUUGCAUAGGAAGAUGUUGAAUUUGAUUGGCAAGGCAAAUGUGCUUACUUAUAGCAUGAUCAUUGAUUCUCUUUGCAAAGACGGGUUAAUCACCGAGGCACUGGAAAUGUUUUUGGAAAUGGAAAGCAUAAACAUUUCCCCUGAUUUUGUUGUCUAUAGUUCUUUGAUUAACGGGUUGUGUAAAUUUGGCAGAUUGAUGGAAGUUGGAUUUCUGGAUAUGGUUGGACACAGUGUUUCUGCUGAUACUGUAACAUUCAUGAUACUGAUUGAUUGUCUCUGCAAAAAGGGCAAGGUCGGAGAAGCUUACAAGCUAGUUGAAUUGAUGAUUCAACUUGGCAAGGAACCAAAUAUUUAUACUUGUAAUUCACUCAUAUAUGGGUUAUGUAUGUCAGGCAAGUUGGACGAUGCAGAAAAGGUUUUCAAAUCGAUAGUUGAUAAGGGUGGAGAGCACAACGUUACUUCCUACAACAUAUUGAUUAAUGGGUAUUGCAAACAUCAGAUGAUUGAUGAUGCUCUCCGACUCUUUCAGGAAAUGCAUUGCAAGAGUUUGAAGCCCACGAGUGUGACUUACAGCACACUAGUCGGAGCACUGUGCCAGACAGGAAGACUUAGGACUGCACAGAAACUAUUUAAGGACAUGCAAGUUUGUGGCCUCUCUCCAGAUUUACAUGCAUAUUCUGUUCUGUUGGCUGGGCUCUGCAAAAAUGGACACAUUGAGGAAGCAAUAUGUCUGUUCGAGUCUGUAAAAAGUACUGAGCUUGAAUCUAACAUUGAAGUUGUGAGCAUUCUCAUUAAUGGAAUGUGCAGAGCUGGUAAACUAGGGGAAGCAAGGAAACAGUUUGAUGAGCUAUCAAAGAAAGGGUUGGUUCCUGAUGUUGUAACAUAUAACAUAAUGAUCAAUGGCUUAUGCAAGAAAUUGUUCUUGCAAAUGGAAGAGAAGGGUUGUUCACUGGACUCCAUUUCAUUCAAUAUCAUGAUUCAAGGUUUUCUUAGAGAAAAUGAAAUCGAUAAAGCAAUGCAACUUUUUGGAGAAAUGCAUAACAGAAACUUCUUGCCAAAUGAAGCGUUUGUGCCAAAAGAAGAUACUAGUUCACCAAGCAGUUUUUCACGUCUGCUACAAUGGGAGGGCUAUGAACCACAGCUAGCUGCAGUUGCAACAGGUUCUCAUAUUGAUGCAAUUCCUUAUUCUGGGAAGUACGAUGGAGUUGUUGGUGUUUUGGGUGCAAUACAAGCCAUCAAUGUACUGAAAAGGAGAAAGGCCACCAAGAAAAUAACAUGGGUUAAGGUGAAUGAGAAAGCACAUGGUCUGCAUGAUCAGAAAGGGGAUAUAGUCCUUGAUAUAGCUGAUAUUCAGAAAGGUUUGGUAGCCAAUUCUACAUAG